AUGGCCCAAGUACCGCAAUGGGUGCGGAAUCUCAAGCCCUCCGAACCCCAGGGCUCCGACCUCCUCUCCCAGGAACGCCAAGGUUCCGACGUCAACGUUGACCAACUGAGCAAGUUCUUGUUCGGCAAGGAGGGCCUCGAGAGGAAGCGAGAGGUUUUGAGGGUCCUUCAGAAUGAGCCGGUCUUUGAGAAGAGCCAGGACUACUUCAGCGGCAGAGUGGAUAAGUUCGAGAGAGCAUUGGCGAGGGCAAAGAGGUUGAGGCAGCUCACGGUCGAGAACAAAUGGGGCUUCGAGGAGUCAAAGGUUGCCAAUGACCUCAUCAGCGAGCCUCUGCCAUAUGGUCUUCACGAGAGCAUGUACCUCAAGACGUUGAGAGAUCAGGGCACGCCAGAGCAACACGAGAAGUUUCUGAAGCCUGCUGAGAACUACGAAAACAUUGGAUGUUACGCGCAGACAGAAUUGGGACACGGAAGCAAUGUCAGAGGGCUGGAGACUACUGCGACGUGGAACUCCGACGACAAGACCUUCACCAUCCACUCGCCGCAUCUCACGGCGUCCAAGUGGUGGAUUGGAUCGCUCGGAAGGAUGGCCAACUUUGCCUCUGUCAUGGCACAGCUGAUCAUCGACGGCAAAUCGUACGGACCACACCCAUUCGUCUUUCAGAUCAGAGACCUGAAGACCCAUCAGCUUUUGCCCAACAUCUACGCGGGAGAUAUCGGUCCGAAGUUCGGCUACAACACCAUGGACAACGGUUUCCUCCUCUUCAACAAGGUCAAGGUCCCACACAUAUCUAUGCUGGCUCGCUUCUCUGCCAUCGAUCCAAAGACGAACAAGUACAUCAAACCUGCGUCGCCGACUCUGAUAUAUGGUACGCUCACAUGGGUCCGAAGCACAAUCGUACUUCAGUCUGGCAGUGUCCUUGCUCGUGGUGUCACCAUUGCUACUCGAUACCUUGCGGUGCGACGACAGUUCCAAGACCGUGACGCUAUUGACCAGAAGGGCGAGAACCAGACGCUGAACUACACAAUGGUUCAGAUUCGACUGCUGCCCCUGCUUGCAGCAUGCUUUGCUCUUCACUUCACUGGCAAGGGUAUGAUGGCCUUGUACGAAGCCAAUCAGAGGAAGAUGUCUCAAAAGAAGGACCCACAGACUUCACAGCGUGGUGCCGGCCCGGAGGAGACCAACUCGGGGAGUGAGCUCCUUGCUGACUUGCACGGCACUUCUUGCGGUCUGAAGUCGCUCUGCUCUUCUAUUGCUGCUGAAGGCCUGGAGGUUUGCCGACGAGCCAUGGGUGGCCAUGGAUACUCCACUUUCUCGGGUGUCGGCUCCUGGUAUGCCGAUUAUCUGCCUACCGCAACGUGGGAAGGUGACAACUACAUGCUCACUCAGCAAGUCGCUCGCUACCUUCUCAAGGCCGCAAGAUCCGUCUUGAAGGGUAAUGAGCCCAUCAACGAUACCACCGAGAUCUUGCACCACUACCUCGAACGCCAGGACAUCGGCGCAGCUUUCGACAUCCUCGGCAAGGACGAAGACAUUGUUGCCGCAUACGCUUGGCGGUCGGCAAACCUCACCUUCGAUGCUCUGAGGGCGCGUGACGAGCAGAAGAAGAGCUGGAACAGCUUGCUGGUGCAGUUCUACAAUCUGUCCCGUGCGCACUCGCAAUACCUGGUUGUCAAGAAUUUCUACGAAACGCUGCAAUCACCUUCGAUUACUUCAGACCUCAGUCCUGAGACUCUCGGACUGAUGCACAAGCUCUUCCGCCUCUUUGCUUUGCACACGCUUGGGGAGGAAUCGAGCGACUUCUUCACUUCAAAUGCAUGUACCGUUGCGCAGAUCAAACUGGCUCGUAACAAGGCUGUCAUGCAGUUGAUGGAGGAGAUCAGACCCCAUGCCAUUAAGUUGGUCGAUAGCUGGGACUUCCCAGACUGGCAGUUGAGUAAGUCAACGUUCUCACCUGGAUUUGAGUGUAACACACAUACUAACCUCAUCGCAGACUCAUCCCUUGGUCGCUAUGACGGCAAGGUCUAUGAGGAUAUGUUUUACCGCGCCUCGGAGCUGAAUCCAUUGAACCAGGCGAUUGUCGACCCUUACCCAAACAGCCCGACGUUGUUCAGGAAGGAUGAUUCUGCAUCGUUUGUGAAGGGAAAGCUUUGA